AUGAACUCUCAUACAACGCCGCGCCCUUUUCCAGGCCGUUCAAUAGGAACCGGACCCAUCCAACAGCACCCUUUUCAACAAAAUCACCAGAGCCAGCAGCAACAACAGCCAGCAAGGCAACCCCUAGCUCCGCAGGUGUCCAACAACGAGGACUAUGGCUCUAUUGCUGACGAGGACCGCGAACACAUUGACGAGGUGUUUGACCUAAUGGACAUGAAGAAAAAAGGCUGGCUCAAUAGCUACGAGUUCAAGCAUUCCCUCGCCGCACUCGGCUUCGACUUGGCCAAGCCCGAUUACUUCCGGCUGCUUGAAUCCUACGGGUCCGUCCCCCCCGAAUGGCAAAAUCAGCAAUCUUGCCCCGUGAAUCGAUACUACGUAUAUCUGGACCAGUUCCGGCUAUGCGCCGCGAAGCUCAUUGCGAGUCGGGACCCGCGCGAAGAGGCCGCCAAGGUGUUCAGCAUGUUCGACUACGACCAGGAUGGUUUCAUAUCCGUGGAAGACUUGAGGCACUUGGCGCAGGAGAUCAAGGACGAGAGAACCUUGUCGGACGAAGAGAUUCAGAGUAUGAUUGACCACCUCGAUCACGACGGGAAAGGGGGGGUGAGCUUGGACGAGUUUAUGCAGAUGAUGGAAGAGGCAGGCUAA